AUGAUCAAAUAUAUUGGAAAAGUUCUAAUGGAUUUGAUUAAACAUGAUAUUGAAUCUAUUCAUGAGCAUCUUGUUAUUGAAGGCAAUACUUCAAAUAAAGAUAGGAUAAAAGCUAAUAUAGUUGGUGUUUGGCUUUCAGAUAGUUGUCAAGUUAUAUUUUUAGAAAUGAGUAGAGCUCCAACUGAUUUUUUAAAAAAUCAUCCAGUUGAUGAUGUGCAUAAAACACUCCAAGAACAAAUUGAUUCUUUAAAUUCAAUUCUUCUAAAUUUUCUCAAUUAUAAUGUUCGAUUUGCAGGUGGAAUUUGUUUUUUAACUAUUCAAGGAAUCAAAGAUCGUUUAAUAUUAAGAUUAAUAUUUCUAAGAGGAAAAGAUGACUAUAUUGAUAAAGAAAUAAUAUCUGCAGAUAUUAAGUUGAUUGAAGAAGGUAGAUAUGGAAAAGUGUACCAUGCUACUCUCAAGAAUAAUGAAAUUACUGUCGUAUUAAAAUCAUUUAAAAGCAAUAAUGUGACUAUUAAAAAAAUUGUUAAUGAG